AUGAAUACAUUAAAUGAUUAUGAAAUUUUAGAAAAACUAGGAUCAGGUUCUUAUGGGGAUGUAAUGUUAGCAAAAUGCAAAGCAAAUGGAUAAUUAGUAGCAAUAAAAGCAAUGGAGAAAAGAUUGCUGAUAAAGGUUAAUAAUUUAAGGAUAAAAUAGGAAAAAAAGCAAUAUUAAGUUUUUAUAGAGAAAGAAGUGUUAUCAAGGGUUAAACAUCCUGGUUUGAUAAAUAUGAUAGCUAGUUUCCAGAGUUCAGCAUAAAUAUAUUUAGUAUUAGAGUUUAUGGAAGGGGGGGAUUUUGCAAAUUUCCUAAAGAUAAAUAGUAAUAGAAAUAAUGAUGUUAUAGGGAAUAUGUGUUAACAGUCAAUAGUAUUUUAUACAGCUGAGAUUGUGACAAUACUUGAAUAACUACAUUCAAAUGGGAUUGCACAUAGAGAUGUGAAAGUAAUAAAUUAAUGAUGUUGUUAAGCCAGAAAAUAUAAUGGUAGCAAAUAAUUUACAUAUAAAAAUGAUUGAUUUUGGAACAGCUAGUUUUUUUGAUGAACAUAAUUUACCAGAGAAUGUUCGAGAUAAAUUAAAUGAAUUAAGGGAGUUAAGCAAAUAAGAUGAAAGAUUUAUAGAUGAAAUAGAUUAAUAUUAAUAGAAACAUAAAGCUACAUUUGUAGGGACAGCAGAAUAUGUAUCACCAGAAUUAUUAGAAGAUGAUAUUUGUGGUCCUUAAGCAGAUUUAUGGGCAUUAGGAUGCAUAAUAUAUAAAAUGUUUACAGGAACAACUCCAUUUUGUGAUUAAACAGAAUAUUUAGUNGAUUAUUGA